AUGCUCAGAUCUACCUCUUUCGAGCUCAGAUCUACUCCUUCCGAGCUCACAUCUCCUCCUCCCGAGCUCACAUCUCCUCCUCCGGAGCUCACAUCUCCUCCUCCCGAGCUCAGAUCUACUCCUCCCGAGCUCAGAUCUCCUCCCGAGCUCACAUCUCCUCCUCCCAAGCUCACAUCUCCUCCUCCCGAGCUCGCAUCUCCUACUCCCGAGCUCAGAUCUACUCUUCCCGAGCUCACAUCUACUCCUCCUGAGCUCACAUCUCCUCCUCCCGAGCUCACAUCUCCUCCUCCUGAGCUCACAUCUCCUCAUCCCGAGCUCAGAUCUUCUCCUCCCGAGCUCAGAUCUACUCCUCCCGAACUCGGAUCUACUCCUCCCGAGCUCAGAUCUCCUCCUCCCGAGCUCAGAUCUACUCCCCCCGAGCUUCGAUCUCCUCCUCCCGAGCUCAGAUCUACUCCUCCUGAGCUCAGAUCUACUCCUCCCGAGCUCACAUCUCCUCCUCCCGAGCUCAGAUCUUCUCCUCCCGAGCUCAGAUCUACUCCUCCCGAACUCAGAUCUACUCCUCCCGAGCUCAUAUCUACUCCUCCCGAGCUCAGAUCUCCUCCUCCCGAGCUCCGAUCUACUCCCCCCGAGCUCCGAUCUCCUCCUCCUGAGCUCAGAUAUACUCCCCCCGAGCUCCGAUCUCCUCCUCCCGAGCUCAGAUCUACUCCUCCCGAGCUCAAAUCUGCAUUCCGCGUGCUCAGAUUUGCAACUCGCACGCCCUUGCUAGUCCGACCGCGCGCCCUGGCGCCCUGGCAUGCAGUAGCAGUGCUGCCAGUGGGCAUGGAGGAGGGCAUAGUGGUAGCUGUGGUGGUGGUCAAGGGAGACUCGCAGGAUAUUGUGGUAUCAGGGGUUUGA